AUGGCAGACAUCGUGCCAAAACAGCUUUUUCCGGCUGAGAUUGAGAUGGUGGAGGAAAUAAAACUCGACGAGCCACCCUCGUACGGUCGAGAGGAUGAGGCGAGGAUCGUGCGCAAGAUCGAUGCCAGACUCAUGCCGACGACCGCUUUGAUCUACCUUCUUUGCUAUAUAGACCGAGGCAACAUUGGUAACGCAAAGAUUCUCAACGCCGAUGAGGGCGAUGCCAUGCCCCAGACCAACCAUAUGACAAACUAUCAAUUCACCAUUGCGUUGAUGGUCUUCAUCGUCGCCUACUGCGUCUUCGAAGCUCCAUCCAACCUGGCCUUGAAGGUUCUCACGCCGAACAGAUGGCUCGGCUUCCUCGUCUUCUCCUUCGGUGCCAUCUGCUGCGGUAUUGCUGGAACCACCAACUUUGCCGGCGUCGUUGGUCUCCGAUUUUUGCUGGGGGCGUGUGAGGCCGGUAUCUUUCCUGGCAUGGUGUUUUUCAUGUCCUUUUGGUACAAGCCCGAGGAGCGAGCCACGCGUAUUGCAGUCUUCCUCUGCAGUGCAACACUCGCCGGAGCGUUUGGAGGUGCGAUCGCUUACGGCGUCGGGCAUAUGAAUCAUGCUGGUGGACUUGUGGCAUGGAGAUGGCUGUUCAUCAUAGAGGGACUACCAUCAGUUAUCGUGGGGAUCCUGGUCUUCUUCUUCAUGCCCAACUACCCAGAGAAUGCAGGCUGGCUGACCGAAGCCGAAAAGAGCAUCCAGCGUCAACGCCUUUCCGCGGGAAACAGUUCACAUGGCGAGGCCAAGAUCAACUGGGCCGAUGCAAAGGCCACGCUCAAGGACGUGAAACUCUGGGUUCACUAUUCCACGUAUUUCGCAGCGGGUAGUGGAGCCACCUCUCUCUCGCUGUUCUCUCCCGUCAUCGUGGCAGGCCUUGGGUACCAUGGCCUGCGAGCACAGCUCUUCACCGUCCCGCCUUACGCAGUGGCGUACGUGGUCACUCUUGUGGUUGCUCUGUGGUCUGAUAAUCGGCGCAUGCGCGGGCUGUUUGCGUGUGCCGCGUUCACCACCGCAUCCAUCUCCUUUCUCAUCCUCGCUGCCAUUCCCGGAACUCAUUACGCGGUACGCUACUUUUUCUUGAUCGUCGCCACGAGCGGUUGCUUUUCGGCACUGCCCCCAUUGUGUGCUUGGGUCGGGGACAACGGUCGCUCCACCACCGCAGGAUCUCUUGCCACAGCAUUGAACAUCGCUUCCAGUGGACCUGGGCAGAUCAUCGGCGUCUGGAUAUAUCGUGCUCAAGACAAGCCGCUGUACCAGCUGGGUCAUGGGGUCAAUGCGGGAUUCCAGCUGAUUGGCGCCUGUGUCACCUUGGGAUUGUAUCUACACUACAAAAAGCUGAACAGGAGACUCGCCGGGACCAAUGCGACAAGGUGGAUUGCGUAG